UUAUGCACUUGGAAUUUUUUUGUUUGCAUCAAUUGCUAUACGUUGCGAGUCUCAGGAGUCUCGAUCUGCCAUUGCACUCUUGGGUUUUUCUUUUUUGCAUUCAUUUUCAAUUCGUAACUUUGAUCCGUGUUCGCUUCGUUAUCGAGCUUCAUUCGGCAAUGUCGUCAGGAUUUACAAUGGAUUCCAUGAAGGGACAAGGAGGGAUUCAGAUGCUGUUAACAGCAGAACAAGAGGCUCAACAGAUCAUUUCGAGUGCUAAGAAUCUGAAGAUAACGAGAUUGAAACAAGCAAAGGAAGAAGCGGAAAAGGAUGUUGCAACAUAUCGAUCCCAGCUAGAGGCUGAGAACCAGAAGAGGAUUGCUGAGACGGGUGGGGCGUCUGGAGCGAACGUACAAAGGCUUGAAGAAGAAACAGACGCAAAAAUCAAGAACUUGAAAGAAUCGGCUUCGGUAGUCUCCGGGGAUAUAACCGAGAUGUUGAUCAAGUAUGUUACAACAGUGAAGGUGUGAAGACCGAUUGUAUCACUUUCAUUUACUGAGUUCAGCGUAGAAGAGGAUCAGUGCUUCUUUCCAUUUCAUUCAUGUAAUGGUAUCGGCAUAGGCCAUUUCAUAUGUUUAGCUUGCUCUCC